CAUUAUUAACAAUAUAAUAAACAAUAAAAAGUAAAAUAAACAGCAAAAAAAGUUAAAACAAAAAAAAAAAAAUAUGAGCAAUACAAUGACCGCUCAUGAACCCAUAAACUACUUGGAUAGCAUCCUUAACGAAGAGGAGAAACGCUGUGAGUACAGUCAUCAAUGGCGCAAUUUCACCAUAUCACGUUCAGGUCGCUUCAAAUCAAAAAACAAACAUCGUAAUGCUGUCGAUGGUAAAAUGUUUGAUCAUACAGCAGGCACAACAUCUACUACAUCAUCGUCAGCAGCAGCAGCAUCAAUGGGAACUUCAUCAGCUUUUAGUACAUCCUCUUCAGAUAAGGAUAAGAUCUCAUCACACUAUGGUUCAUCAACAUUUGCCUCAUCAACCACCAAAUCCUAUCAAAAUCAAACAGCUACAACAAAAUCGAUCUCAUCGUCAUCAUCAUCGACCAAUGCAAGACAACGCGACAAAAUGGAAACCUAUAAAAGUUACUACGAGACGAAUUUAUAAAGCCAGAACAGUUCUUAUGUUUUUUUUU